UCCUGCUGCUGCCAGGUCCAGAGUCUCUCAUGGGUCCCUGUACGGCCUCCCAUUGCUGCUGUCUCCAUCGCCACACUCUGCUGCCAUGUGCCACUUUCAGGUCUCUCUUCACACUGCUGGUGUGUUAAAUUUUUUGACACAUAGGGUGCAGGCAGAUUACGGGCCUCACAUAGCUGCUGCCAGGCCCCUAAUCUGCCAUGGGCCCCUAUAUACCACCUCCUCCUGCUGCUGCCAGGUCCAGAGUCUCUCAUGGGUCCCUGUACGGCCUCCCAUUGCUGCUGUCUCCAUCGCCACACUCUGCUGCCAUGUGCCACUUUCAGGUCUCUUCACACUGCUGGUGUGUUAACUUUUUUGAC